AUGCAAUAUUAAAGAAAUAUCACAUAAUCUAUCAUAUCUUUAACACUGCUUUAAAUCUAUAAGCUUAAAUCAAAAUAUAUUAAGUUCACUAUUCUUUGUUUCAAAAAAUAAUUAGGGAAAUUAAUUUAAAUAAGCCAUUCUUUUAUUUGUGUGCUAGGUUAUGACUGUAGUAAAUCUAAAUAACUUAAAAAGUUAUCUUAUUGCUGGUAUAAAUCAGUUAUUAAAAAUAUCAAACCUUUCUCAAGAUAUUAAUUAAAAGAAUUGGGGCAAUCUUGGGAAUUCAAUGUUUAAUUAUUAAAGAAAGAAGCAGAAAGAUAGCUACACAAGUUAUUUAAUAAGGGAUCUAAAAAGGCUAUUUAGAGUUCAUCAUGCAUAAUUAAAGAAUCAUCAUUGAAAUAAGAAGCUUCUUAUUGA